AUGGGUUGCUGCUUCCAUACAAGUGAUACUACCUUACUGGAGCAAAAGUGCGGCCAGAAACCCCGCUAUACCAAGUUGGCCCUUAUGAAUUCAAUUGGCUCCUGCACAAAAAAACUUUGGUUGAAGAAUUCGAAGAAGAAGUGCCCCCUCAGCUGCCAUGCCAAAUCGAAGUUCAUCCGUUUGUGGACUUGCACAAAUACGCAGAUACAGAGAACCCCAAAAACCUCCUUGGUGUUGCCGUGCAUGCUUUUCCGGUCAAGAGUCUGGGCCAAAGAAACACAGCCCGAGAGUUGGGAAAAGCCUGUCCUUUUGACUCUUUGGAAUCAGUUUGAAACAGAAGAUGAUAUUGGUCAACACUUAGCCAAUACAGUAGCAGCUGGGAACAUCAUUUUAUCCAUGAGAACAAGGGUUACGACAUUUAAUGGGCUAUCGUUAUCAACUAAGACUGGAACUUGCUUGAUGAUAAAUCCACCAAUAUUAGCUGCUGACAGAUUGAAGCAAUGGUACACUGAAAACAAAGCAAAUGUUGCAAAACUGGUGGAGGAAGGAGUGUAUAGAGACACAAACAAAUUGUUUCCAUACCCAUUAGCCAGUGAGAUAGUAACUGUCCAACGCGCACUAUCUUCUAUCAAAUACACUAAAACUUGUUGGGUUGCUGGGAAGCUGAAAUAUUUGGGAGACAACAAGUCUUUGUGGACAGCUACUUGCAACAAUUGCCGAAAAAUUUAUAAUGUGCCUCCAAAUAUGCCAGUCAAAUGUCGAAGCUGCAGGGAAGAUACACUGGUCGAAGCAAGGUGUCGGUUGCCAAUUGCGAUUGAAGAUGAGACAGGAAACAUACAUGCAAUGCUGUAUGAUUCAGAUGCCGAAAGAGUGAUUCCAUUUAAUGGGACUGACUUAUAUCAAGCUGAACAACAGGGAGUGGAUUUGACUGCUCAGAUUGCAGCAGCAAUGAGGGAACAUCAUGUGGUUUGCUUCAUCAAACACUGUGAAUCAACUCAUCACAUUGUCCUUAAGCUUUAUACAAUUGUUGGCAUGCAAACCGACAAAAAUUUGCUUCCACCUACAGAGCUAGGAAAAGAAGGGUCAGCCUCAGCUUCAAACAAGAUAACAGACAAAGAGCUCUUCAGUCCAACGCUAAAAAAUGUUCUUAACUCUCUCACUCCACCACGUGAAAAGCCUACAGCAAUUGCAGCUUCAGAAUCAACGGUAAAAAAACGCAUCAGCUUCGACUCUCAUCAAUCCUCCACCUCAGGAACCAGCAUUCCAUCCACCAACAUUCCUGAAUCACCCACACAGCAAACUCAUCAAACCAGUGCGAUGUGUGAUGCAAGCCCGACAAAGAAAAGUAGGCCAAAAAUGGAUUAG